GCGCAAGUUUCAAGUCAAUCAGAGAUCAAUUGACGAUUCGGGAGAAGAAACUCGGGUAUGACCUGAAGAAGAAUGGAUUUCUACCUCACUUUAUGGACAAAUAAUCAUGCAAGCUUGUCAUGAUAAGAAAGAGGACGAGACUACGAGCAUCUGGGAUCAAACGGCGACUGAUUCGGAGUCCGGACGAGGGAGAAACGAAGCAUUAAACAGAGGCUGAGCAAGCCACACGGGCACAACCCACACGGCCGUGUGACCUGGCCGUGUGGAAAUCACCGAGCCUUCACACGGGCAGCUGGGAAAGCCACACUGCCGUGUGAGUCUGGAAUUGCUGUUUAAAACCCGAUUUUCAGCAAAAUGAAAGGGAGAGAGCUGGGUUUUGGAUCCCAAACACCCAAGGGACGAACCCUAGAGAGAGAGAGCGACUUGGGAACAUUCUUGGAGCUAUUUUGGAGGAUUUCUUCGCCAUUGGAGCUCGGGAAUCAAGCUUGGAGAUGGAGAUUGAAGAUCUAGAUCAGAUUUCUGCAGUCUCUCUCUUCUCUAUGGAGUAACUUCCCUUCACUUAGGUUUUGAGGAACCUUAGUUCCAUGUGUUAGGAUCUUUCUUGUAUGAAGUUUUGGAUGCUAUAUUGUUUGAUUAUAAUCGAAUGAUGCAUGUUUAUUGAGUCAAUUGAAGUCUAAUCAACUUUUCCUGAUUCCUGCUGCAAUCUGAGAUAGAUAGAAUCUGAUUUGUGUUUAGUACGUGACAUGUAUGAAUAAUUGAACAUUAAAAUACUCGUCCCGUCCAUCCAUCCAUCCCAACUUGCUUAUAGUAGUAUAAUAAAGAGUAUGCAGCUAGAGUCUCAUCAUUCGGUAGUAGGAGAUUGGCUAUACGAGAGUUAGCCAGUUUACUGCUUUGCACUGGAAUCUAAUUCCAGUAGUGGAGUUCUGUUCUUACUGCUUCAGCUUUCUAUCCCGGUGAAGACUAGUCGUCUGCCGGAUAGUUAGACUGAGAGGGCUUGGUCAGCUUAAGAGAUUCCAAGCUACUGUCGGAUCUUCCGCAGUUUAAUCAACAGUAAAUCAACCAAAAGGAAUUACAACUUGGACCUAAUUGAGGAGCUAGGGGGAAUCAUACCUAAGUGAGUUUCCAAAUUGUAAUUAGUAGUUUUACUUAGUUUAGUUAAUAGAGUAGUUUAGUUAAUCAAUCCUUAAUCUAGUUUGCUAGAUAAUGAACUGAAGCUGAGUAAUAGUAACUCUAGAGACCCGUGGAUUUCGAUAUUUAUUACUUGUGCCACUAUACUGCAGUCCCUUUCAUUGGUUACAAUUGGCCAUUGUUAGGUGUUGUGUUUUAGAGCAUCAAGUUUUUGGCGCCGUUGCCGGGGAACUUUCUAGAUUAUUAGGAAAGGCAGAAGUUUGUUACUUUAGCGUUUUUCUUUUCUUUUCUUUUCCACCCUUGCUUUUCACUUGGGUGUUUUUGUUUUUGUUGGUGCAGAUCUGAAUCAUGGAUCCUCAUGGCUUCUCCAACCAUUGGGGGUAUCCACCACCAUCCGAGUGGUAUUACCCCGAGACUCCCUGGAGCAAUCAAGGAGGAGAAGACUAUGGAUUUGGGUUCCAGUACCAACUCCCUUUCUACGGAGAACAACCAGACCCCUGGGCAUAUCAAGAACAAUCUCCUUAUCAAGAAGAAUUCCUCCCACAACAAGAAGGGCCAUCAGAUGAGUUACCCAUGGUGGCCUUCACUGGCCACUCUGCAGAGCCAUGCUACACUUCACUGGAAGAUCCGAACAAACAAUUAAGGCUUCUCGUGGAGCAGUUUGCUCGAGACACGGAGAGAGCCUGCUCCAAGAUGGAUCUUCAAAUCAAAGCCCUUGCUGCUUCCGAUCCCUCAUUUCUCCAUGAUAUGGAGGAGACUGUUCAGCGCUCAGCGAAGCAAACAGAGUGGGUGAAGCAAGUUUGCUCACAUCUUGCUCAAGAUCACCUUUCUGCUACCACGCUAGAAGAGGUGGAGGAUGACAAAGGCUAUGGGAGCGUUGAGGAGCAUAUAGAAGUUAUCACAGAGAACUCCCAUGAUAACCAUGAUCAGGAAAGUCCUUUGGUUGCAGACCACACCUUUCCUCAUUUAUGCUCUAACAUGUUGGGCCCGUGCGAGGAGAUGCAAGAUGAUCCCAUUGAAGAAAUUGCUUGGCGACUUGCUCUCCAAUCUGUUCUAGAAGAAGAAGAGCGAGCAAGGAUGAGGAAGGAAGUUGUGGAUGAUGAGGAAGAAAGAAAAGAAGAGGUGGUUCUUGAUCUUUUCCCAGGGGAGAGACCACAUUUUGAAGAAGAAAGGGGGGUUGAGGAAGCAAUUGGCGUCCAAGCUGAGGAUGAAGUUGAGGUGGAAGAGGCUUGCACCGGCCCUAUGUUACAUUUGAUAUCUCCACCAAACUUCGAGGAGCUGCUUGGAAAGGACCCAUUUGCAGUGUCUUUUUGCCAGACCAAGGCCACAUCAACAUCGGUCCCUCUUGGUGGACGCGAUGGUGGCCAAUCGAUGUUGUCAUAUCUGGUUUGGGGCAAUGAGGCGAGAGAAGAGAAGAAGAGGUCUCGAGGGUGGAGACCUCAUCUGCAUCAAGUACAUGAGCCUUCAUCACCUGCCACACCACAUGCUCGUGACUUGAGACUCCACCUCAUCGACGAGAACCUCAACUUCAAGGAGGUUCUAGCAUGGACCGAAACUUAGGAGCCAUCGUCCGGCUCACGACGUGAAAGAAGCGCUUGUUGGGAGGCAACCCAACCAGUCGGUUUGCAUUUCUUUCUCUAUUUCUCCUCGGUUGAGUCAGUUUUGUUAUUUGAUUUUAGAGUCAAUAACUCAACCUUUGUGAGAUUUUGUGUGGUGUUUGUGUUCCGAUUACUCUCUCUACCUGGAAUGCACUGCCUGACCCGUACAUCAUCAUUCACCCUUGAUCUGGUAACUUCGUUCUACCCUCCUUAUAUUUCCUCCAUUGAGGACAAUGUCGUGCUUAAGUGUGGGGGGGUGUUCGAUUAUGUAUGCGGGUGAAUGUUUGGCUGUUUGUGUGCUUGGAGCCUAGUUCACUGUCCAAAUUUUUAAAUUUGAGGGCUCCAAGUAUGUGUUUCCUUGCAAAUUGCCUGCUCAGUAUGCUUUGAAUUGACAGUCUCUAUAGUAAUGUGCAACCUAGGAAGGUAGUGUAGCACUAUGGAGGAUGUUGAAGUAUAAGAUUUUUCCUAUCUAGCUCUCUGUUGUGCUAGUUGAUUUUGUGAAUUAGUGGAGCUAAGACCGUUGAAUUCAUGUGGUAAUGGUGACUCUGUUUGGAUUAUGUUAUGGACUCGUGUAUCAAACAGGGUGCUCAUAUGGAAAAUGGGAAGCAGUUGGUCCUCCAUGUCAAAAUCAUUAAAUCUUAAACAUGGGG